AUGGGAGUAGGAUCAAUUGUUACUACAAGAGAUAGCCAUUUGUUAACUUAUCUCGGGAUAGAUCAAUAUCAUGUGUACGAAAUUAGAGAACUGGAUGACAGUGAAGCUCGUGAGCUAUUUAGUAAGCAUGCUUUUCUGACACACCAAAACUUUAAAAUCAGGACAGAUCUAGUGGAUAGUGCUCUAAAUCAUGCUAAAGGCCUUCCUUUAGCACUUGAGGUGCUAGGUUCCUUCUUACGCGGUAGAAGAGAAUAUGAAUGGAAAAGUGCACUGGAUGAAAUUUCUACGGCUCCUAAAAAAGGCAUCAAUGAUGUGCUCAAAAUAAGUUAUGGUGGACUAGAGCCAAAAGUGAAAGAGAUCUUUCUCCACAUUACCUGCUUCUUUAAGGGUUGGGAUACUGAGUAUGUAAAGAAAGUUCUCUACAGUUGCGAUCUUAAGGCAGUAAUAGGAUUACAAAUUCUCAUGGAGAGGUCCUUGAUAAGAAUUGAGUCCAAGAACAUACAAUUGCAUGACUUGAUUCAAUUGAUGGGCAUGGAUAUUGUGAACCAAGAAAGCGAUGAUCUCGGGAAACGCAGCAGACUAUGGCUGUAUGAUGAUGUUGUCGAUGUUCUGUCAAGUGACAUGGAAUAUUGUGUUGUAAAAGCCAUAGUGGUGGAGCUACUUGAGCCGACAGAAAUAUGUAUUGGUCCUGAUGAUUUUACAAAAAUGAGAAGGUUGAGAUUGCUCAUUUUGCGAAAUGUGCAUAAUUCUUUCCAAGAUCCUAUAUGUCUUCCUAAUGAGCUAAGAUGGUUUCGAUGGGAUGGAUGUGCUCCUCAGAUUCCCAAAUUUUCCUCUGGUCGAAAGAAAUUAGUGGGACUUGAUAUAAGCAAUUGCGGUAUCACAGUAGUGCCAAAUCAAUUUAAGGGCUUCCAAAAUUUGAAGUACAUGAAUUUCAGUUACUACGACUCGUUGGUUCGCAUGCCUGACCUCUCGUUUACUCCAAAUCUCGAGGAAUUGUAUAUGCAUAAUUGCAAAAGCAUGGUAGAAGCCCAUGAGUCCAUUGCAUAUCAUGACAAGUUACAGGUGUUGGAUUUAAGGGAGUGCCUUGAACUUAGUGUUUUUGCAAAUGAGCUGAAGUCAAAAAAUCUCCGACGUCUCCAUCUUGAAAAAUGCACAAAAUUUGAAAGGUUCUCUGAUAUUCCACAUAAACUCAAAGGCUUGGAAGAGCUUUAUUUACAAACAACCGCUAUUAAAGGACUUCCUACAUCAAUAGAAAAUCUUAUCUCUUUGAACCAAAUGUACAUAUAUAAUUGCAAGAACCUGGAACAUGUUCCAUCUAGCAUUUAUAAGUUACAAAACCUUACGCACUUGGAAGUUAGCUCUUGCACCAAUUUAAUUGGGUUUCCAAAGUAUGAGGACUCAGUUGAUCUGUGCAUGAAGACCGGUUAUAUCUGCAGAGGAACAAUUUUACUAGUCUUCCUACAUCCAUCGCUAAGCGUGAUCAUUUGUGCCACCUGA